AUGUUAUGUCAUCAAACCCUUUUGGCAAGUCUGCAAUAUCUUUCUCUCAUUAUCAUCUGGGAAGGGUUUGGACGACAGUGUUAUUUUGAUUCAGUCCACAAUAAAUUCAAGGAAAUGCCUCGUAAAGUAUCAUAUGGAGUUGAUUUUGAUGAAGAGUAUGAUGCUUAUGAUGAUUAUUGUGAUGAGUAUGAUUAUAAUCAUGGCAAUGGCAUAGAAGAGCAUGACACUGAAUGUAGGAUGCAAAAAUUGGUAUAUUACAGAAAUGAUCUGUGUAUAAAUACUUCUAGAAAUGUCCAUGUAUUAUUUUUUUUACAGGAAUGUGAGAACCCUCUUAUUCAUGCUGCAAGACAAGGGCAUACCUCCACUGCCAAAUACCUGAUUGAACAUGGUGGUAAUCCUAAACUAUCAAGUGAAUUAGGAGCUAUAGCUCUACAUCUUGUUGCUGGAAUAGUAAAUAAUGAGUUGAUGGAAGCUUUGUUAUCCAUUGGUGUUGAAAUUGAUUCCCAAAGUGAUGUUGGCACACCUCUUGUUUGGGUUGUUGAUCAUGGACAACAAGAUGCUUUAAAACUUCUUCUAAAACACAAGGCUAAUAUUUUGAAGAAUUUGUGGAAAAUAUUGAAGAGAUGA